AUGGUUUCUUUUUGUGUUGGUUCAUAUUGUGAUUCUAUAUUAUGUGAUGUUGUGUCUAUGGAUGCUUGUCAUAUUCUACUUGGUAGACCUUGGCAAACUGAUAAAAAAUCUAUACAUGAUGGGUAUCACAACACGUAUACCAUAGUCCAUGAAGGGAGGAAGAAAAAACUACACCCUUUACCACCCCCACGGUUUUCACCAUCACAAACCCCACAAAAAGAAGUAUCCUUGUUGUCUCUUAAAGAGUUUGAGAGGGAGUUGGAAGGUGAGGGAGAGUUGUUCAUGCUAUACUCCAAGGAAACCCACGAAAAAUUUGUUGCUCAUAAUCCUAGGUUAGCCCAAUUGAUUAAGGAUUUUGAGGACGUUUUUCCGGAUGAAUUACCUAAAGGACUACCACCCAUACGAGGAAUUGAGCAUCAAAUUGAUCUCAUUCCCGGAGCACCCUUGCCAAAUAAACCAGCCUAUAGAUGUAACCCUUUAGAAACUAAGGAGUUACAACGACAAAUUGAAGAGCUAAUGGGUAUGGGUUAUGUGCGUGAGUCCAUGAGUCCAUGUGCCGUUCCUGCUUUGUUGGUCCCUAAGAAAGAUGGUACUUGGAGAAUGUGUAUUGAUAGUAGAGCCGUUAAUAACAUUACCAUCAAGUACAGGUUUCCAAUUCCAAGGCUUGAUGACAUGCUUGAUGAGCUGAGUGGUUCCAAGGUCUUCUCAAAAGUAGACUUGAGAAGAAAUAGAUUAUGUAUUCCAAAAUGUCCCAUUAGAAGUUUGUUGAUACAUGAAGCUCAUGGGGGAGGACUAGCUGGUCACGUUGGUAUUCACAAGACAAUGGAGCUUCUCCAAGCUCACUUUUAUUGGCCUAAAAUGUUAGCCACGGUUCAUCGUGUGGCAAGAUCCCUUGGAAGUGGUGGAAAAGGGUAUGAGAAUCCUAACCCAAAUUGUAUCUAG